UCUGGACAUUUGGCAUGAAGAACUCUCUAACGAGGGAGAGGAGAGGAGUGAUGCAAGAAAGAUGAAGACAGACAGAGAACUCACAGAAAACAUUGGGCUUCCCCUGCAUCUGCUUGAACAACAUGACCCUUGGCCAGCCUACGUCACAUAUACCUCCCCGAUGGUGAAGCGACUCAUUGAGAAAAGCAGAGCUAGAGACCUUGCAUGGACACAAGCUCUGGAGGAAAGCCGGCAGAUGACGAGGCCGAACAACACUUCCAGCAUCAGGCAGCUGAAAAGGAAAAGGUCAUCCAAGUCCUCUGGCAACAUGGUACUCGAGGACUCGAGGUCCGAGGCCAUGUUAUCAGUGUGGAGCACGAGUUCUGCCUCGUCCGUGGGCCACACUGUUAUCCCAGAACCCAUACAUUUGCAGACAGAAUCCAGAGAAAAUCCCACCACAAACUAUAACAAGAUCAUCUUCUCUCGAAAACCUCUGAUGAGGAUGCUUCCAUACAGCUCAAUUCUAGCCAGCAAGGAGAAACAUGCAAACAUUUAGCGAGGAGUCCCUGCAGCCGUCCCCCAGAACUGUACAACAAUGAAGUUCCAGUUGCCACAAAUUUCGCUAUGACCUUUAAAUUUGACCUUGUCCCUGCCCCUAC